AUGUCUUCAAUGAAACGAAACCUUUAUAGCUUCCGAGAAGCCGCUGAGCCUUGGCAUCUCUUCCCUCUUUCUUCACUCUUUGUUUUUGGACUUUCCAGUCUUGCGCUGGCAGCUCCGACCAGGACACAUGAGAAACGAGGAAACUUGGCCAAACGUGCUUCAGUGACCCAAACACCCACGACUGGGUAUGCCACUCAAAACGGUAGUACGACAGGUGGUAAAAGAGGAUCUACAACUACGGUCUCAACCUACGCUCAGUUCACCGCCGCCGUGACUGACGGCACUGCUCGGAUCGUGAUUGUGAAGGGUACCAUUACGAAAGCAGCGCGGAUUAAGGUUGGAUCCAACAAAUCCAUCAUUGGACAGGAUUCUAGUGCAAGUCUCUUGUUGGCCUCGGUCUUUUACAUUAAAUCCAAGAAGAACGUCAUCGUUCGAAAUCUCAGCAUCUCUAAAGUUCUCGUUGCUAACGGCGACGCCAUUGGUAUCCAAGCCAGCACCAACGUAUGGGUCGACCAUUGCGAUGUCUCCAGCGACACCGACCAUGACAAAGACUACUACGACGGACUCGUCGAUGUGACCCACGCCUCAGACUUCGUCACCAUUUCAAACACCUUCUUGCACGACCACUGGAAGGCGUCUUUAGUCGGCCACUCCGACUCUAACGGCGAUGAGGAUACCGGCCAUCUCCGCGUAACAUACAACAACAAUUACUGGUACAACAUUCACUCGCGCGGCCCCUCUGUCCGGUCCGGAACUGUCCAUAUCUACAACAGCUACUACCUUUCCGUGGACAAUGGCAUCAACACUCGCGAUGGUGCGGUGGUGCUUGUGCAAUCGAAUGGCUUUGACGGCUCCUCGAAGCCGCUGUACAGCACUGACUCGGGAUAUGCUGUUGCGUCUGACAACGUCUUCGGAGAUGAGGGCAGAAUCAAGCCUUCAAGAGUUCCCUUGGGGUGACGAACACGAUAAUAGCUAUAUUUCCUGAUUCGUCCCUCUCAAGCCCACGGCUUGACCGUUCGCUGAGGUGAAGAAAAGUGUUAUUCUUUUGUCCAUAUUUGACUUUCUGUUUUCAUAUUUAUCGUAGUAUAGCUGCUUAUGUAUAUGCAUUAUGUGCUUG